UCCACUGAUAACCGCUGUGCCAAGUCUAUGUCUUGUUCUAUACCACACAGUUACUGCUGCAACUGCGAUUUCAUUGAUUUUCAGUUGGUCACUGAUCUUGUUUCCUUUUCCAUCUUUGUAAAAUCUCAAUCAAAAUCUUCGUACAAUUCUUUUCCAUGUGGAGCCGUGAUGCAGACAUACCCAACCAGUAAGUUCAAAAGUGAAAAAGUUCUGGUAUUAAUGGGAAAUUUUAUAACUAUGUUUAUGCAGCUAGUUUCUACUUUGGGGAAUGUAUUUUCAUUAUAGUAUGCCUAAAGUGUCUGUUUUCUGUAUCUAUAAGACAUCUGCUUGUCUACUUGCUAUUGAGAGAUGAUUCAAUUUUGUAUCAUGCACCUCAGAUAUUUCAGAACUUCCUUGCUACUGCUUUACCUCCGGGCCUCUUAGAUCCUCAGAAAAUUUGCUUUUGACAGCUCCACAGUUGAGACUCAUGGCAGGGGCAGCUCCAAAGGUUUGGAAUAGCCUCCCUCUUUCAGUCAAAUGUUCCACAUGUAAAGACAAAUCUCAAGACGUGCAUGUUUUCUCAGGGCUUUGCUUGCUCUUUGCGGUAUUUAUAUUUUAGUAAUAGAUGUUUAGGCUGCACAGUGACUUGAUGGUUAGCACUUUGGCCUUGCAGCUAGAAGAUUUCUGGUUCACGUCCCUGCCUUUCUGGGAUCUUUCUGCUUGGAGUUUUGAUGUUCUCCCUGUGCAUACGUGGGCUUUCUGCGGGUACUCUGGCUUCUUCUCACAGUCCAAAAGGAGAAAUUAUGCUCAGGUGUGAAUGCGAGCGUGGUCGUUUGUCUCUAUAUGUAGCCCUGUGAUAGACUGGCGACCUGACAGGCUCCAGUCUCCCUGCGACCCUAAAAGGAUUAAGCAGUAUAAAUAAUGCAUGGAUGGAUUUUUAUUUUACUUAGAAAUGGAUCUUAGGAAUUGUUAUUCCUUCUUUCGAUUCUGUCUGAUAUUCCAUUAUUUAAAAAAACAAAUGUAUUUCAUUCUGCAAUAAAAUAAAUUUGAAUUGACAGAUACACAAACACAGAGGGCUUCUUGUUAAAACACUCAUAGAUGUGAAGUUUUGUUCCUAUCUUGCAUCAAGCUGUGAAAAUCUUUUAUCCUAUCCAUUAGUUACAGAUUCCCUUGUGCAAAUAUUACAUAAAUGUAAAAUGCUCUUCUUUUCUUCUGGAAAGCGUUAGAUCAGUUUGGAAACCCCCAAAAGUUAAAUAAUGAAUAAAAUCCCAGCGUUCAUGAAUUUAGAGUGUUUUAAAGAAGUUACUGUUCAAAACAGCCAAAGAUAUUAUUUCUUCGUCUCAUUUUUAGCGUUGCACGUUGAUGUUUUGUACUUCGUCCAUCUGUUUUCAUGUUAUAUUAUGGAUUGUCAUGGCAACUAACUUUUACUGCUAUUUUGGACCUGAGAGAAAAAGUAUCCUAAGAGACUUACUGGUGAAGCUAAUGGUAAAUGAAAGGAAAUUGUUAGAAUUAUUAGAGCGAAUAAAUAUCAAUGAAAAAAGAAUUUAAGUUAAAACCCGUUGUCUGUGCUGUGUUUUUUGAUAGAAAAGAGCCCCAUAAGAAGAAGCCUUUAAACACCUUGAACGUCCUCAGGGAUGAUAGACAUUGACUAGGGACAGUAACUGAAUCCAUUUGUGACUGAAGGACCUCAGUGUGUCCUCCAGUCACGGUUUGGGAAUGAACAUCAAGGAGAGUUAGAGGCAAAAAUAAGAGAUGUGGCUCCUCAUGGAAGUCACCGUCUCUCACUAUUUCCUGAUUUGCCUGUUUCUCUUCAUUAAAGUGACACUCUUAGUAGCUGAGAAUGUCUAACAGCUACUAAAAGUGAAGUGUGUGAUUCACGCCUUCCUUCACUGACCUUCUGCUGAUGCUCACUCGUGCACAAGGAAAUUAAAAACUGCACAAUUAACGAGGCCAACCAUUGAAUCCGAUAUAUAAAUGGUCUCGGUGCUCAGCUGCAGCUCCGUUUCCCCCCGAUGUCCUUGUCCUAAGCCUUGAUGUCACAAACACAUGACCUCGCCUGAGUGCUUGGAGCUUAAUCCAUUUGCUCGCUCCUUCGUGUCCACUUUGGAAUAAACAUCUUUUGCAGCCACAAUAUUUUACUCACCCACGCCAGAAAAAAAAAAGGUUGAGGGCUUUAAUUUAAUAGCUUUCUCCUCCUGUGAUGAAGCGAGAUACUCACAUUACUGUCCGCACACACUCUGAACUUCUUUGCUCACCCAGAGGUCCAAGUAGAGCAAGGUUAUUGCUUCUUACAGCUUAUUGCUUUCCCUGUUAUUGUUUCUCCCAGCGCCUCUUUAUUACAGCACCGAAGGGAACACGAGUGAAUAAUUUUGUGACAGGUUCUUAAAUGUGAACCUGGUCAGCCUGGCUGCUACUGUGUAGUUAACAUCUCGCUUUAAAGUCUCCAGUUCUCCCAUUAUUUCACACUCCUGGUUCAUGGAUUUCAUUUAGUUUUUGAUUAAUUCAUCCCAUGCACAUUCAUGUUCAUUCUGUCAUAUUUUCUUCCACAUAUUCUUCUCUUCUUUCAGCCACAUCCUCUGUCUCUCUUUCUGCCCGCCGCUCUCUCUCUCUUUGAUGAUGGGGGUAUUUCUAUUCUGUGGGGGCUGUGAGCUCAGCGAGUUUGUUUCUGUGUCUAUAAUCCCUCUCUCUGAGCGCCAGCAUAUAAAAGCCACAAGGGGCCUGGCGCACUCUCACACAGACCACCAGUCUCAGCCCCGAGUCUGCUCCUUUUACGCACACACUGCCACAGUAGAAGCAAGUGUAACGCAUUUGGAAGACAAGUGUGGUGAAGCUUGAAUUGAAUGCAGAUUUGUUAAGUCAUCAUGUCUGCUGGAGGAGAGAAAUCCAAGUCUGCUUCCCAGACUGAUGGGAAGGCAGCUCAGAACAAGAUGUCUGAGAUGGGCAUGAUGUCCUACAAGAUGUGUGUGUUCGAUCAGGAGAACUUCCAGGGCCGCAUGAUCGAGAUCACCAAUGAGUGCAUGAACGUGUGCGACAUGGGGAUGGACAAGGUGCGCUCCCUGCGUGUCGACUGUGGGCCCUUCGUGGGUUUUGAGCAGAUGAACUUCUGUGGUGAGAUGUUCAUCCUGGAGAAGGGCGAGUAUCCCCGCUGGGACUCUUGGAGCAACUGCCAGAAGAACGACUACCUGCUGUCCUUCAGGCCUGUGCGCAUGGAUCCUGAGAAGCAUAAGAUCUGCCUGUUUGAGGUUGGCGAGUUCAAGGGACGCAAGAUGGAGAUCAUGGACGACGACGUUCCCAGCCUGUUCUCUUAUGGUUUCACCGACAGGGUGGGCAGCAUCAUGGUCAGCUGUGGAACUUGGGUGGGUUACCAGUUCCCCGGAUAUCGUGGAAGCCAGUUCCUGCUGGAGAAGGGCGAGUUCAGGCAUUUCAACGAGUUUGGCGCCCGCUGCCCCCAGAUGCAGUCCAUCAGGCGCAUCCGUGACAUGCAGUGGCACCCACAUGGCUGCUACACCAUGAGCUCCAAGUGAAACCCGGCGAGGGUGAGGAAGAGAGGGACUGGAGGAGAGGCGGAGGCCGAGGGUGGGCGAAGAGAUGGAGGAGGGAGGGCAAAGAAGGAGAGGAAGAGGGUUUAAUAUUCCCCUCCUCUUUCCCAAAACCUCUUGGUGGCUUGAGUGCAGGAUGGAGGGAGUGCAGAAGGCUAUUUAUAGACUAGUGUCCAAUGAGAAGUUGUGCAAAGUUUGAGGAGGAUAAUAGCCUCCGAGACCGCACCUGAUCAUAAACGCUCUCUCUCCAUUUUUGUUCUUCCUCCCUCUCUCAUAGUCUCCAUUCGUCAGCUACCGGCGCUAACUUUCCUCUCUCUCCUCCCCUCCCUCCCUCUCUCCCCCUCACAUGCUUCUCCCCCACACCUCACCAACGUCAGCCCUCACUCAGCCCAUUAGAGCCUGACUGAAGGAGGGGAGGAUGGGGGCGUACCGGUGUGGAUUUUUUGUUUGUUUGUGUGAUGGGGGAACUGAGACAGAAAGGAAAAACCGCAGCAAGACAAACAGUGGUGGAUUCUCUGUGCUCAGAUCCUGCAGCCUCAUCAAUCUUAAACCCCAAUAAAAGCAUCUCGCAUCCGA